AUGAAAAAAAUUCUAUUAACAUCUCAUCAUCUCGUCAUAAUUCUGAAAACACCACCAAAAUUCAUUAUUAUUGAAUUAAUUGGUAAAGCGCCUGGUGAUUAUGAAACACUUUCAUCUAAUCAUUUGCCCAUCUACCCCAUUAAAUGUCAUUGCAUACACACUGUUUGGAAACGCGAUGGAUCUAAAAUUCGCAGGAGAUUUCAAUGUUUUAAACUUCUCUUAACGUCUACAUUCACAUUCACAGACUUUAAAGCCCAAGGACGUACUCUCGAAAAAACUAUUGUUGACCUAUCAGGAAAGCAUACAAAUAACAGCAUAUAUGUGAUGCUUUCCAGAGUACAAAGACUAAAUGAUUUGCUGAUUUUAAAGCUGUUUGAUGAAUCUGCAUUAGACAUGCGAUUAUCACCUGUACUUAGUGCAGAAUUUAAGUGUAUCGAAGAACCGAUCAGCUAA